AUGCCUUGUGCACCUCGCGUCCCGGUGACGGCGCGUGCCAAAAUCUCUUGCUCACGGUGUCAUCGACGAAAGAAGAAGUGUGAUCGUGUUCUUCCACAGUGUGGGAAUUGUGCGUCCGUGCAACAUUCGUGCAGCUUGGCCGAGCAAGACCACGACAGUGCGACAUAUCCAGUUGCGUUUGUUCGUAGUCUCGAAGAGCGCGUGCGCGAACUAGAACAACAGCAAGCCUUCUUAACCUCACACGAUACGCUUCAGCCUCAAGUAGAAGGAGCAACCCAACUCGGAUUGAGCACGACCUCAAAUCUUUGUGAGAAUACGAAUGAGGUGUCAGUGGAAGACACUGGCCUGACCUUCUCGGACCAGCACAUAUCGGAUCAUGGCAACCAUAUAACCCAUACUGGACAGUCGCCUAUGAUGGACUCAAAUCAUGGCCCUGCUCCUCGUGCUCAGGAGACCCUUGAACAGAACUUGAGAGAUGUUUCUCUCGCAGCAGUAGCAGAACCCUACUUGGGUACAAUGUCUGGAUUGACCUUCGCAAAACUAACACAAGCCGUGCUUCGAAGGCUCUCACCAGACGGUCGAGACUUUGUGUUCAGCCCUCGCGUGGAUGGUAACAUGGUACCUCUGGAAGGAGCCACAAAUCUGCAUCUCGAACUCAUAAACAGUGUGUACUUCGAUUUUGACCAAGCCAUCGACUUUUCUCUGCUCGCAGGAGAACCAUCAUUGCCCCUGAUUGAUGCUUCAAUGCAAAACGAGACAACUCAACUGCCAGAUAGGGCAGAGGUACUACAUCUGGCAAGAUUUUAUUUCGACCAUUCCCACACUCUGUAUCCCAUAGUCCAUCAGCAAGAGGUCAUGGCUGACAUACAUUCAAUUUUAUUGGAUCCUGAUCACCAUCUAACACUAUCUCCACCAUGCAUGUUUCGAAUAUGGAUGGUACUGGCCAUAGGCUCGACCACGUAUUCCUCAAUAACGCUAGCCGAGGAGUUUGUGUCCAGAUUAUACUACGAGAAGGCCAUGACAUAUUUCGAUGCUUCGAUGGACUAUGGCGAUGUUGUUGCACUCGAGGCUAUCAUGCUCCAAGUUUCAUUCUCCUUCUUCAAUCAAAUAGGUCCAAGUACCGCUGCACGUUUAGCACUAGGCAUGGGUCUCCAUUGCGACUCGACAUAUUCAUCGCUACCUAUCAUUCAAGCCAUUAGACGCAAACGACUGUUCCUCUCGAUUUACAUGAUGGAUCGACUAGUGUCCAUCACAUUAGGCAGACCAUUUGCUAUUCACGAAGACGACAUCGAUAUCUCAUCAUUCGCCAUCGAAACAUGCGAGGAGUUAGACAACAACCUCUCUGCUUCACAAAGCAACUUUUGCAAAUCCCCAAUGGCAAUCACCGAGCAUAUUCUGCGUCUACGGAAGAUCGCCACCGACAUCGCCACCAAAGUAUACUGCAAACGUGUAGUUGCCGGCUACUCUGCUGCCCAACGUGAACAAGUCGUUUCCGGUCUACAUCAAGACUUGGUGAACUGGCGACAGAGUGUGCCAUUCCCACUACCACACUUGCACGGCAGUGUUCCGCAUGGAUGCACCACUUGGUUCGACUUGAACUUCUACACGCAUAUGAUGACACUCUACCGACCUUCGCCUUUAUUUCCUACUCUUCCUGUAUCUCAUGUUAACACUCUCGCCGAAGCGGCCGCAUGUGCACUACGCCAGGCAAACAGUAUGCGUCUGCAAAAGCGACUGGCGUUCAACUGGCUGAACCUAUUGAUGCUCUACAAUGCAGUGAUUGCUUUGGUGUACUCUGUGACAGUGCAGCCAGAAAAGCUUGCAGAGUCACUCGAACGCUUGCAUGCAGUUGAAGACUUGCAGCUCGCCAUGGAGAUGUUUGAAGUGUUGGGUGACAAGUUUGCAGCAGCGAAGACUAUUGGUGCCAUGGUCGCUCAAGUUGUUGAUAGGUAUCAGGUUCAUGGACGAGAGGUAUGA